CUGCAGCCAGCUCUUGCUCGGGUCAGCAGCCUGCCAGGGACUCAGACACACUUGGGAAAGUCAGCCGCACCGGGGAAGUUGGAACCAUGCUGAGGCCUCUGCUGAUCCCCUUGACGUACUUCUGUCUUCAGACCUGGCUGGGAAUCCCUCAGGCAAAAUGCCAGGUGGAGCUGAGCAUGAUGGAUGACGCUUUUGAUGACCAAUAUAUAGAAUGUGCUGAAGAAAUGGAUGGAAUUGCACCUGAACUGCUAAAGGAAGAAAAGUUCAUGCCCUCAGUGUUUAGCAGGGUGUGGGAAAACUCAGAACAAAAAUGGGAACUUGUAAAGAAAAAGAUUCCUCUGCCCACAGGCUUUAAAGAUGAGCAUGGACGAGCCAUAAUAGCCUAUACUGACGAUGACUUUCACAGUGAGUUGAAUAAGGCAGUGAGAGAGAAUGGGACAUCUCGAGUUCAUUACAUGGCCAGUUUCCAGUUCAAAGCCUUUCAUUAUUACUUGACAAGAGCAUUACAGCUCUUACGAGGGAGGUGUGAUGUGAUGUACAAAAUGACGUUGUAUCGGGGAGUUUCUGUCAGAUUUCAGCACACGAGAUCAGGUCACAUUAGGUUUGGAUACUUCGCCUCUUCGUCUUUUGAUAUAGGAAUAGCUAAGAAAUUUGGCAAUGCCACAUUGUUCACUAUCCACACGUGCUUUGGUGCUGAGAUCAGGAACUUCUCACACUUUCAGGAGGAGGAAGAAGUGCUAAUCCCAGUCCAUGAGAUAUUCAAUGUGGCCCGAGGACAAGGGAGUAACAGCUUUGUCCUACGGAGCACAAACCGGACCUGCAGCCAUUUUAACUGCGCGUAUCUGGGCGGAGAAAAGGACCAAUCAUGUGUUUACAAUUCUGCUACCAGAAGAGGCCUGGCCUUCCCAGUGAGCUGAGCUCUUCACUGUUUGGAGGAUCCGUCAUCCUGGUCCACGUUGCUGCUCUGAAGCUGUUUGCCAGUUUCUAAACUGUCCUAUUCAUGUUACUCACUUUUUCUCUCUAACACAAAUCAUGGUGAUGGGACUUGCCAGAUCCAAAGCCGUCCUGCUAUGCUAUGCUGACAGCGUUCCAACCAGGAACAUAGGCGCCGACUUCCCCUUUGCCGGGUGGUGCUUGACGUCCCCCCUCUGACCCUGACCCCGCCCCGUCCCUGCCUCUUCCUGCCCCUGCACCACCCUCGCCCCGCCCCAUUCCACCACUUCCCCAAAGUCCCCAGCCCCAUUCCACCCUCUUCCCCCAAGUCCCCAUCCCUGCCCCGCCUAGUCUCCACCUCCUCCCCUGAGCGUGCUGCAUCCCCAGUUCUUCCCCUCCCUCCCGGAAAGUCGAAAGCACCACCAAACAGCUGUUAGGCGUCAGGGAGGCAGGAAGCACUGGGAGGUAGGUGGAGGAGCGGCGAUGCAGCACGCUCAGGGGAGGAGGUGGGGAAGAGGCAGGCUGGGGGGAGCUUGGCUGCCAGUGGGUGCAGAUCACCUAUGACCAGAAACAUUGGGGAGUGUCGCUGGUACCUGCUUGGGCAAGCUUUGAUUAUACAUUACUGACUGGAAGAUCAAAAUGUAAGCUCACAGUAUUAUUCCAGGUAGGAUUUGUUUUACAAUGGUAGAGCUUUAAAUGGGUGCACGUUAGAUAAAUAAUUACUUAUA